CCCAGCCUGCGCUCUGGGGGGUAGCAGCAACUAAGCAGCGACGGCCAUGGCGGUUUCCGCAUCUGCUAUCAGCCACUUGAUCUCCUUCGAGGCUUCUCACAUCACAAGCCAUCAGCACGUCUCCGGCGGCGGAGAUGACCUCAAGUUGGUGAAGGAACUCGGCAUCUCCGCCAUUUGCAUUGUAGGUGGUGCUUGCCUCUGCAUGCUAAAGAAGUUCCCUCAGCUGAUGACGCCGGGCCUCCUGCUUAUCUUCUUCGGCGCUCAAACUGGAAUGAACAUGUACAUGAAGGCCGUCUUUUCGACCGCCACCGUCCUCGAUCCAGCGCCAGCGAAGUACUGUGCAGAGCUGAGUGCGAGUGACUCGUGUGCUUGGAUGGGUUUCCAGGCCUCGUUCUUCGUUACCGGGAUACAGCAAUUCGGUGGGUUCGUCAUCUUCUGGUUGCUCUUCCUCCCCGCGAAGGCGCUCGGCUUCAACAAAUUGGGAGACAAAGAGAUCGAGAUCAAGAAGCUGACCUCCCAGAACGAGGUCAUCGCGGUGCUGUGCUUCUCGGCUAGCUUCACGAUGAACAUCGCCCUGAACAACAUGUCCAUGUCGCUCAUCCCCCUGACGCUGAAUCUGAUCAUCCGCUCGUGUCUCCCCCUCUCGACUUUCCUCGCGCAGUGGCUCCUCACGAAGUACACGACAGGAGAGGGGAAGCCCUGCAAGGCCAUCGAGAUCGGGUUGAUGAUGCUAGGCGCUGCGAUGAUGUGCGUGUGCGUCUGGGCCAAGAUUGCUGCCGAGGCCGAGGGGGAAUCCCACAAGAAGGGGGCAACCGGCGAGUCUGCGAAGACCGUGGUAGGCGUGAUGUACUGCGUGGUGUCCCUAUUCUCGGGGAGCGUGAACCUGGCACUCGCCGGGAUCCUGAAGACGUCUGUGAAAUUGGACGGGUUCAACACCGUGGUCUAUAACUCCAUCCCCGCCGCGAUCAUCCUCCUCCCCUUCAUGUUCUUGUUGCAGCACCCCGUAAAGCACUGGGACGGGGUCGGCUACACGAACGACGCCUGGGUCGUGGGCCAGGUCUGGGAGCACAGCAAGUCCACCUUCGUGUUCGGCGCCAGCUCCGCCCUGGCCUCGCUGGUGUACAACAUUCUGCAGUUCAGCAUCGUGCAGCACCUGUCGGCCACCCACGUCGCGUUCGCGGGCAACUUCAACAAGGCCGCCACCGUUCCGCUCGCCCUGCUGGUCGGCAUCGACCACCUGCCACAGGCGCCGUACGGCGCCAUCAUGGUCGUCUCGGCCAUCAUCAACAUCAUCGCCUUCGCAGCCUACAACGUGGUCUCUGGCGGUGCUGGCGGCCACGGCGGCGGCGCCACCAAGGAGAGGGAGAAGGAGCCCAUCAGCCCCGCCAAGACGAGCGACGGCGAGGACGACGACGAGAACUCCGCUCUCGCUCGCACCGGGGCCUGACACGCGUGUGCUCAUCCGACGGCGGGGGCGGCUGCUGCCGACCCGCCACAGCAUUCCUGAGCAUCCCUGAGCAUCCCGUCCCGGGCGCGCGGCCUCUUGAUUUUCCAAAUUUUCCGAAUUGGGCUGCACUUCGUGGCUCCAUGGGCUGGCCGCGUGCAGCUGUGAAAUUCUCAACCACGGCCAUGCGCGGCCCCAGCGCCGCAUCCAAGUGCAGCCUGGCCGAUGGAGCGGCAGUUCUCCCGGAGACCCUGGGCGUACAAGCCGAGCGCUGUCCGAGCUCGUUUGGAGUCCUCCUCGCCCCGCAGCCUUUCGCUCCUCGUUCUCCGGGCCGACGCAGAGGCAGCCCCAUCCGGGGAAUCCCUGGUCCUGCAAGCCUGCGCCGUGCGGCGUGUUCUUGCCUCCUCGCUCGUCUUGAACAUCCCCCUCUGUUCUCCCCCGCGUCCUCCCACUGGCAGGUGCAGUGAUACGGAGCACCUGCUUGGCCGAAUGUUUGGUGGUUUCCAUGGAGACCUGGAACUCACAGAGGUGUAAGGUUAUGAAUGUCGCAGCUUGCAUCCUGCCCUGUCGCGGGAUCGGCGUAUUUUCUUGGCACGCAUGUUUUUUCGGUAUCGCCGGCACUGCGAGCGAGACUUCUCUGUUGAGGUGUGGGCCUCGCAGAUUCAGGCUCGUCUCCCAGUGUGUGAGUUGAUAUGGCAGUGGUACGGUUUUCAAUUGUAGCUAGGUUACAUGUGUAUAGCUGGCAUGGCCCGCCUGGCUUCGCCAAGCCAGGCACGUGACUCAUGAAGAAAAGGGUGAGGCGGACUCCCACAGCGUCGGCACACAAAAAA